AGAUGUCUGUAUCCCCUUGUGUAAGAGGGAGAUAAUUGGCAAAGGGCCUUAUCUCCCAUCCUUCUGCAACAAUGGAAACAGAAUUGCUGUUGGCUCCUAUCACUGCUCUGGAGAUUGUUGGAGAUCAUCUGGUAGCAGGUGAAGGACCCAUUGUAAGUAUCUACACUUUGGAGCCUGAUGCCAUCCGGUCUCUAAGAUGUUUCAAACAGGUCCUUCGCAACUAUAACAUCCAUGGUAUCAAAGAGCGACAGAAACUGGUUCCGGAAGCCAAUGAAGCGACCACCUUGGCAGUCUUUGGGGGCAAAAGCCUUGUUGUCAUAGAGUUCAGCCUCCAGAACAGCAUGAUAAAGUUAGCUGAGCUCUUUCCUUUCUGUGAACUGCAUGAUUGGAUCUGGGACCUGCAGUGGCUGGAAGGCAGCACCGAGACCUCCAACUGUGUGGCUUUGGCUCUAGGCCAUAACUCUGUGGCUCUAUAUGACUGUGUUGGCCAAAGGAUCCUCCAAGAAGUGCACUGCCAAGAGAAAUGCAUCCUCUACUCUGCCCAUUUGGUUGGGAGCAGGUGGGACAGUUUGGUUCUGGUGGCUGGCACUGUCUUUAACCAGCUGGUGAUCUGGCGUGCAGCUGACCAAGCGGACGACACAGGGAGGAUACAACCCCACAGCAGGAUCAGCGGGCACCACGGUGUCAUCUUCAGCAUCUGCUACUUGGAAAGCAAAGGUAUCUUGGCCUCAGCUUCAGAUGACAGGAGCCUGCGGCUGUGGGGCAUCAGCAACCUCCAAGCGCCUCCAGAUCACAUCCCAUGCUUGCUGGUAUGCUAUGGGCACCAGUCCAGAGUGUGGUCGGUCCGGCUACUGAAUGACUACAUCAUCAGCAUAGGGGAAGAUUCAGCGUGUCUCAUGUGGAACUACCAAGGCGAGAUUGUUCGCAGCUUCAAAGGACACAAAGGCCAAGGCCUGCGCUCAGUGGCUGUGCAUGAGGUGCAGGGCUGUGUCUUCACAGGUGGGGCCGAUUCUGGCAUUCGAUGCUGGUGCUGCAAAAGGUCGAGGACCAACGGGAGCAGCCUUUUGCAACUCAAUUUCCCAUCACCUCAAAGAAAAGGAUUACCCAGAGCUGUGAAACUGGUGGAUACUGGCCAUCUCCUCAUAGUGACCGAUGCUGGGGCUGUGUACUCUUAUGACUUGACCUCUAACGCCUGGACGUUGAUCCUGGAGGAUGCUGCUUAUCGAUCCUACAGCCUCCUAGAAGUGUCUGAGCUUGCAGAGGGAGAUAUUCUAUGUGCCAUGGGCAAUAUUUCAGGGCAGGUCAAGCUAUUCCUUCUCCGCAACCCUGCUCAAGCCAAGGAUCUUAACGUAUAUGCAGAGAAAGUGCACAGCCUGAGCUGGUCCUCACGCCCAGGCCAGGAUCUCAAUACCUGCAGUCUCUUUGUGUCUGGGUCAGCUGGCGUUCUGCUGUGGCUGGAGGUGUCUUACCACCCACCUGAUGCCAUCACUGUGGUGGUAAAGAAAUGCUUCGUCCUGCCACCUUGCAAGCAGCGAUGGCACACGUGCACUACCUUCCUUCCCCAAGGAGAUUUUCUGCUCUGUGGUGACCGCCGGGGCUCACUGAUGCUGUUUGCAUGUGGGACCCCUCUUGACUUAGAACACGAGAAGACGUCAGGGAGAGGAGACUUAGGCUACUCUGAUUCAGUGACGGUCUGUAACGGGCCAGAGCUGGCCUUUCCUAUUAGAGGGGAGGGGACACAUGCUGAGGGCCCUGUUUCUCUCAUCUUUGGACUACAUGGGAAGACUGGCGUAACCUCUGUAGCCUGCCACAAUAACUUCAUCUAUAGCACAGGGCGUGAUGGCUGCUACCGGCAGCUCCAGGUUCUGGGCUGGCAGCUCCAAGUGUUGAGGAAGCAGAAGCCAUGCAAAGGCCUGGAGUGGCUGGAAGGGUUGCAUUUCAGCUCUGACGGCAGCACCUGGGUCCUGGGCUUCCACGCUGCCCACUUUGUGCUCUGGGAUGUGAGCAGCAACGAAAUGCUGCUCAGCAUCCCAUGUGGGGGUGGCCACCGCUCCUGGAGCCACACCCACCGCCUCUCUGCUGAGACUUUUGCUUAUGUCAGAUCUGGAGAUGUGGUGGUCUACCAAAGUAGAGAUGCAUCCAAUGGGCAGCGAGUCCUCAAAAAAUCUUUGCAUGGGCGAGAGCUGACGUGUGUGUGCCAUGUCGGAACUUUGAAAACAUCCGGGCAGGACCUGGUGAGUGUCUUUGCCACUGGCAGCGAGGACAACAUGGUGAAUAUUCUAGCCUUUGGUACACAGUCUCAUACAUUGACCCACCUCACAGCUAUCGGUGACCAUAUCUCGAGUGUGAGAGCUCUGGCCGUGAUGGAGAGCAGCACCAUUGAGCAAGAGACAGGGAGCACCUCCUCCUUCGUCCUUUUCUCAGCAGGCGGCCGGGCCCAGAUUGAAUGUUACCGUUUACGGCUUAGUCCAGACUGUGGUUCCAGCAGUGGGGUGUUGUGCCAGCUGGCCCAUGUGGCAUCCCAUCGGCUGGACGAGCAGUGGGAUCGCAUGAAGAAUAAGCACAAGUUGAUCAAGAUGGACCCAGAGACCAGGUAUAUGUCUAUUGCAGUGUUGGCAACUAGUCCUGAGGAUGCCGAGCUGCCCGGUCCCUUACUCUUUCUGGCUGCUGCCUGCAGUGAUGGUUCUGUCCGGCUCUUCUUACUGCUGGAGCACACUCAGAAACUGUGGCUUGUGGCAGAGUCCUUUCACCAUCAGCGCUGUGUCCUGAAAGUCCAAGUGUUUACGUGCAAGACAGCUGAGAGAGAAAGGAGACACUACCUGGUCAGCGCUGCCACUGAUGGGGGCAUUGCAUUUUGGGAUAUCACAGCUACCAUUGAUUGUGCCAUGGAGACUGUAAAGGCAGAAGUCAAAGAGAUGAAACUUUUGGCUCUGGGAACACCAGUCUUAAUCAUCCAGGCUCACAGUUGUGGUGUGAAUAGCCUCCACAUCCAGGAAAGAGCGAGUGGCCAUUUCCUUGUGGCCAGCGGCAGCGAUGAUGGUUCCAUCCACAUCUGUGUUGUUGAAGUGAAUGCCAAAAGCAUUGUCGACCAGGGAACCACUGUUGGGGCUGGCAUCUGCGUCCUCAGGAAAUUCUCAAGGCUUUGUGCACAUGCAGCUCACGUGACGGGCGUCCGACUCCUGCAUCCCAGCUACCUCCUUUCUGUUUCUGUGGACCAGCGCCUGACAUUGUGGUGCCUGAGUGAGGAGAGCCUAUCUUUUGUGCGUAGCAAGUUUUGCCACGUAGCUGAUGUGGCUUCUCUAGAGUGUUGGGAAAGUGGGCAGCAUGGCUGGCAUAGCGUGGUAUGUGGCCAGGGUCUUGAGAUUCUCUGGUGCAAAGUGUGAACAAAGGCCUGCUGGGAAUGUGCCAGGUGCAUAAAUAAAAGCUUUUGUGCCCUGACUUGAUAGCCCAGGCAAGCCCAAUCUCGUCAGAUCUCAGAAGCUAAGCAGGGCUGACUCUGGCAAGUACUUGGAUGAGAGACCUCCUUGGAAGACCCAGCAGUUGGGAGGUGGGGCAGUCUUUAUUCAGCCACCUCCCUGAAUAUCCUCCAGGCCCCCAGUGGGGAUCAAUCACCAGAGGUCGCCAUGACCCUCAGGUAUAUGCACGCACACACAAAUACAAUAAAUAAAUAAAAGGUUUUGUAUGAGAAAAACAAA